UAUAUAAACUUUAUGCCUAUAAUUUAACUUAUGUUUAGAUGCCAACGUAUAUUUACGAUUAUGGUGGUGGAGGCGGCGGCAGUCGUGGUGGCGGAGGCGGCGGUCGUGGUGGCGGAGGCGGCGGUCGUGGUGGCGGAGGCGGCGGUCGUGGUGGUAGCGGCGGUGGUCGUGGUGGCGGUAAAGCCCCUAACAGAAAUAAAUGCAUAGUUUGUUUCAAGCGGGGGCAUACCGCCACACAGUGCCAUUACGCCAAGCGCGCCGCCGCAGCGGCCACGGAUGCUGCCGCUGAGGCUGCAAGUAGAGCAGCCAGGGCAGAGAAGGCCGCAGAAGCGGCCAUUGCUCUCGCAAAAAAUUGA